AUGGUGGUUGCUGUGUUGGUUGACCAGGACCAUCUUAGUAAGAAGCGGCUGUUGUUCCAGGGCUUGAUCUCGGGGCACACUCCGGCGUUGAAUCGCAACCGAGAGAGCGGCCAUUUCCUUCUUUGGAAGGACUACUCUGAGACACCCAACCCGUUCUUCAAACAUCAUCAAUUUUGCUGCUGUUUCCGUAUAGCUAGGCACGUUUUCAACUAUAUUCGGGAGGGGGUGGUCCGAUAUGAUAAGUAUUUCGAAUGCAAGGAGGAUGCCCUUGGAAAGAUUGGCUUCUCCUAUUAUCACAAUGCACUGCAGCUGUCCGGAUGCUUGCAUCUCAUUGAUGAGUACAUCCGUAUGAGCCAUUCUACGUGCCUAGACUCCAUGUACAAGUUCUGCAAGGCUAUGAUUGCAAUGUUUGUCCCGGAACACUUGAGAGAGCCAAAUGCUGAAGAUAUAGCCCGCUUGUUGGCGAUGAAUGCCAUUAGGGGCUUCCCAGGGAUGCUUGGUAGCAUAGGUUGUAUGCACUGGGAGUGGAAGAACUGCCCUUCUAGUUGGCAAGGGCAGUAUAGGGGCCAUGUCAAGGCUUGCACUAUCAUUCUUGAGGUCGUGGCCUCGCAAGAUCUCUCGAUCUGGCAAUCUUUCUUCGGCAAGGCCGGAUCGCACAAUGAUAUCAACGUGCUUCAACGCUCGUCGGUGUUUGCAAGGCUUGCCGAAGGCAACUGCCCGCCGGUGAACGUUAACAUCAACGGCCACAACUAG